AUGACCGACUCACCAAUCGGGAUCACCUUCGGUGCUCGUAUGAGUGCUUAUUUAACAAGUGCAGAAGAUUAUAAUAAGUAUAGAAAGAAGUUGAAUAAAAUCUUACUUAGAUCCCGUCACGAUUUGAAAAUCGUCACUAGAGAUACCAAAAACUAUCGAGAAAAGGAAAGUUUUAGUAAAAUCAAUGAAGAAAGUUAUAAUGAAGAUAAACGAUUUGGAAGAUUGAUACUUUUAACUGCUGAAAGAGAUUUAUUAUAUGCUUUAGAAGUCAAGAAUUUGAUGGAAAUUAGUGGAGAACGAGUUUCAUCGUAUAAGAAUUUGAUGAUCAGUAAAAUUAAGAAAUCCUUAAGCAAUUGUCAAAAGUUAUUACAAGCUAUACAAUCAGAAGCUGAUGAAAUAAUUAAGUUGGAAUUCUAUAUUUAUUCUGCUUUAGUUCAAGGUUUAUAUUCAAUCAAUAAGAAACAAUGGUCUAAAGCUAUAAAUUCAUUUUCAAUUGCUAGAUGCGCAUUGGAUUACCAGCUCAAUCAACUCGUUAAAAAAGAAAACAAUUCUGAAGAUGAUGAAUUCAAUAAAACUGUCAUUAACGAGAUCUUGGAUAACUUAAUCGAUCCAUCUUUAAACUUGGCAAUUUCUCAAAGUGAUGUUCCACAAUCAACCAGUGAUUUAAAAUCUAUUUCUCGUAAACACUGUCACGAUGAAUUGAUCCCUUUUUUGAAACCUGCAGUUUACAUCAUAAAGAAGUUAGAUGAGUCUUUUGUAUCUGAUGUUUCUUCUGAAAUCCAAUUAAUUAACUCUAUUAAAUGGAGAGAUUAUGAAGCCACUUUAUACAAUGACGAGUUGGCUUAUAAGAUAAUGAAAUUGAAUGAAACUGGCUGGGAAAGAUUUGAAGAUGCUAAUCAAUAUGACGCAAUUUUAACUGGAUGGAAUGAAUUAUUGGAAAUUCAUACUGUUGAUUUAGAAAAAAAUCAAGAUGAAGAUGAUUUGGAUAAAGUACAAGAUCGUGCUGUCUUAUUAACUUAUAUCAAUUACAAUUUACUAUUCACAAGACUAAAGAGAGAUUUAUUAAUAAUUGAUCAGUUAGACUCAAAUAACAAGGUGUCAAUGAAUAAAAAAUUGGAAAUCAAUAAAGAUAUCCACAGAUUAUACGCAACAAUAGUUGAAACAUCAAACCAAUUGAAAGACUUACCUGGUGUCUAUAAUGAUGAAGAUUUAUACUUUUCAUUAUACAACUUAUCCAAAUACUAUGAAUCUCAUAAGAAUAUGGUUUUAGCUCAAUCAUUUGCAUUAUCUAACAAAUUUUCCGAAGCUUUAAAAAUAUUCACUCAUAUUCAAAAGAGUUUGAAAGAAAGUGCGUCUGAAUCUUUCUAUAAAAUUGAUCAAUUUCCUUACAGUAUUACCGAUAACCAAGAUUUUGAAAAAUUUAUCCAAGAUUUAAACAACCAAACAUUAAAAAUCCACAUCCUAACUCAAUUCAAUCAAGAACUUUCGCAAGGGGACAUACGCCAAUCCAACUAUGUACUUGAAAACUUGAAUAAGUAUCUUAUUUCAAAAAACAGUUCUAUUACUAGUGUCGAUCAUCUUGGUGAAAUCAAACCUUUAUUGACCAAACCAGUUUUGUUUGAUAUUGGAUUCAACUACAUCAACUACAGCUCUAGCGCAAACAGCAUAGCAGCUUCAGCCCAACCUUCGUCUUCAGCUGCUGCCAAUGAUGAUGACAAUAAAAAACGCAGUGGGUUCUUUGGUAUUUUUGGCCGCAGCUAAUCAAACUCUCUCUAUAUAUACUUAAUAAUACAUUUUGAUACGGUAAACAAAUGAUAAACUGCCAUAUCAGUAUAAAUUGGCCCUGGUAUUGAUCUGAUAAGUCU